CGGCAAUUACAGCGUCAAGAAGCUAACUAGACUGAUCAAUACAGCCCCCUUCUGCGGGACGUUUGUAGCGUCUAACUCCAAUCAGCUUCUGUUGAGUGCUCGAGUAAUGCCUUCUGACAAGCUGAUGGAGUGGGUGGAGGAGAGAGAGCUCUGGUUGGGCGGAUCUGACACUGGUUUGCCUUCGGACCGCCUCUCCAGGUUCCUCCUUCAAGCCUCCGGGGCUGCUGCGCUCGUGUUUAGUUCCCCUCUCAUAGUCAAAGGAAGGAUUGAUUCCUUUGGGAAGAGACACAAAUCACUUCAGUUUGAUCGAGAGGGCUAAGGAUACAGCCUCCUCUUGAUUUAGCCACUUUUGACUUUCUUGUUUUGUCCUGACAAAGAAAAAAAGAAGAAGACAAGAGGAGAAAAGUUGUUAGGUCACGGUGACAUUUGAUAUGAGAUCUGCUUGAUCGCACCAGCUGCUCCCAGGAAACAUUAUCAGCAGCACAGAAAAGACGUCUUGCUUUUUGUUUCCACUUUGCGUCUUGGUGACACAGCGAUCUGUCCUGGUUUCCAAACUCCUUCCCAUCUCUCUCUCUUUCUCUCAAGCGCGCGCUCUCUCUCACCCUCUCUCUCUUUUACGCACGGGAGGUGGGCACCUGAGAACACUACCAACGGGAAACGAGUGCGAGAGAUCCCGGUUUCAUGUUUGGGAUUCAGGAGAGCAUCCAAAGGAGUGGGAGUAUUUUGAAAGAGGAGCCCAUCGGAGCCGGCAUGAACGCAGUCCGAACAUGGAUGCAAGGCGCCGGGGUGCUGGAUGCGAACACGGCCGCGCAGAGUGGAGUGGGACUGGCCCGGGCGCACUUCGAGAAACAGCCGCCCUCAAAUCUUCGCAAAUCCAACUUCUUCCACUUCGUUUUAGCCCUUUAUGACCGACAAGGACAGCCGGUGGAAAUCGAGAGGACCUCUUUUGUCGGAUUUGUGGAAAAAGAGAAGGAGACUACAGGAGAAAAGACAAACAAUGGCAUACAUUACAGACUGCAACUUCUCUACAGCAACGGCAUCAGAACAGAGCAGGAUUUUUAUGUAAGACUAAUUGACUCCAUGACUAAACAGGCCAUCAUAUAUGAAGGUCAGGACAAGAAUCCGGAGAUGUGCCGUGUGCUCCUGACUCAUGAAAUCAUGUGCAGUCGUUGUUGUGACAAAAAGAGUUGCGGGAACCGCAACGAGACACCCUCGGAUCCCGUCAUCAUCGACAGAUUUUUUCUCAAGUUUUUCCUGAAAUGCAAUCAGAACUGCCUGAAGAAUGCAGGGAAUCCACGGGACAUGCGGCGCUUUCAGGUGGUUGUGUCGACGACUGUGAGUGUAGAAGGACAUGUUCUGGCUGUUUCGGACAACAUGUUCGUGCACAACAACUCCAAACAUGGCAGAAGAGCUCGGCGACUGGACCCGUCGGAGGGAACGCCAUCAUAUCUGGAGCACGCUGCACCUUGUAUCAAAGCCAUUAGUCCCAGUGAAGGCUGGACAACAGGAGGUGCUACUGUCAUCAUCAUCGGAGACAACUUCUUUGACGGGCUGCAGGUCAUCUUCGGCACCAUGCUGGUCUGGAGUGAGCUCAUCACACCUCAUGCCAUCAGAGUUCAGACCCCUCCGCGUCACAUCCCCGGGGUGGUAGAGGUCACGCUCUCCUAUAAAUCUAAACAGUUUUGCAAAGGCACACCAGGAAGAUUCAUCUACACAGCUCUGAAUGAACCCACCAUAGACUACGGUUUUCAGCGGUUACAGAAGGUCAUACCUCGGCAUCCAGGAGACCCUGAACGCUUGCCAAAGGAAGUGAUUUUGAAGAGAGCAGCCGAUCUAGUGGAAGCACUUUAUGGAAUGCCUCAUAACAACCAGGAAAUCAUUCUUAAGCGAGCAGCAGACAUUGCUGAAGCCCUAUACAAUGUGCCACGAAACCACAACCAGCUCACCGGCCUCACCAACAGCUCCGUCCAUGCAAGCAUGAUGGGAGUGAACUCCUUCACUGGACAGCUCGCCGUUAACGUCUCAGAGUCGUCUCAGGGUGGAAACCAGGGUUUCAGUCGUAACACGAGUAGCGUAUCACCACACGGAUACGUGCCCAGUUCCACCCCUCAGCAGAGCAGUUACAGUACAGUAUCCACCAGCAUGAACGGCUACGGCAACGGCGGCAUGACCAACCUGACCGGCUCCCCGAGCUUCCUGAACGGCUCUGCCGCCAACUCGCCCUACGCAAUCGUCCCCUCCAGCCCCACCAUGGCCUCCUCCACCAGCCUGCCCUCGAACUGCAGCAGCUCCUCUGGAAUCUUCUCCUUCUCUCCGGCAAACAUGGUUUCAGCUGUGAAACAGAAGAGCGCGUUCGCUCCUGUCGUUCGGCCCCAGUCUUCACCUCCACCUACAUGCACUGGCACCAAUGGGAACGGUCUCCAAGAUCAGUCUUUUGUCGACUCUAACAAGUACUCCACAGCCAGCGUGCUCCAGGGCCUGGCCUUCUCCUGAAUUAUCCCUGGAAUGAUUGUUCCCCCAAUGUAGGGUGUGUGUGUGUGUGUGUGUGUGUGUGCAGAUGGAAAGAUGAAACAUGCUCUUUCAUGCCACUGGUCUCACUGAGCGUGUGCAGAAUACUCCGGCGCUGGACUGACCUCCCGGUCUUGUUCUGAAGGAUGAAAAACUACAAACUCAGGCCCUUUUUAAACACAAUCUGCUUUGAAACAAAAAGAUAUAGAGGAAGAACGAUACGAGAAAAAUAUCGAACUGAACUGUUGUACCUCCCUGUUUUGAUGUUGAAAUUUGUACUCACCUUCUAGACACUUUUUAAGAUAAGGGGCGACCUGCCCCGUCUACACUAUAACAUGAGAGGUCUAUUUAUUUUAAAAAACAGUAGUUAUUGAUUUGCCAUCAAUAUUUGUGUGUUUCUGUGUGUACCACCCUUUUAUGAAAUGAUACCUGACACAAUAUUGCAGUGGUUUCUAUUUAUGAUUUUAGAUGAAGGAUUGCAGGUGAUUUUUGCUCAAGGAAUGUCCCACUGAAUUUGUGAAAAUGCAUUUGAAAGUCAGUCAGUCUACAAAAUGCCAGCAAUGUAAACUCAAUGUAAACAGCCAUGUAAAAAAUUAAUUUAUGCCUUUUUUAUGGUUAAAAACCAAUUCAGAGCUGAGAGACUCGGUUCCUUUGCAUUGUCACUGCCUUGAUUUUCACGUUCAUAUUCCAUUUGUUGAUAUUAUGCUGCCUUCAAGUCCUUCUGGGAAGUUUUAAUUCCGAAAAACAUUUUGAGAGUCGUUGGUUGGGGAAAAUGGGCAUGUUUGGCCCUUUUUAUACUUAAUGUUAAGCUUUUUAGCACCACUGCAACAAAAUUAAAGGGAUCGUUAUCUCAUAAUUUACUCACUCUCAAGUUGUUCCAAAUAGGUUUGGCUACCCACAUUCUUGUUUCCAAUUCAUACAUGUUUGGAACAACUAUUGGAACAAAUUUUCAUUUUUGGAUGAACUAUCACUUUAAAGGCAAAGGAUGCAUGCAAAGUGUGUACCUGAUGCUUUAUGUAUUUUUUUUUUAAUAGUUAUGCCUUCAAAGAUUGAUAGCUCUGUCACAUAAAAGUAGUGUUUUCGGUUUAGCUUUAUAGCUACCGUAUUUUUCAGACUAUAAGUCGCACCUGAGUAUAAGUCGCAUCAGUCCAAAAAUACAUCAUGAUGAGAGAAAAAACAUAUAUAAGUCGCACUGGACUAUAAGUCACAUUUAUUUA